AUGCGGUUCAGCAUCAUCGGCGCGGCUGUCCUGGCUACGGCCACUGCUUCACCUACUCCAGACUUCGGCCAUGGACAUGGAAAGACGAACAUCCAGGUCGGCGUCAGGCCUCAGUUCCUCGUCGACCUCAUGCCCGCCGGACCGCUCAAGGACAAGCUGGCAUCGUGCAGCAACAAGAAACUGCGCACGACCGACUUCGCCAUCAGCCAUCGAGGCGCGCCGUUGCAGUUCCCCGAACACACCAAGGCCGGUCUGACGGCCGCGAUGCGCAUGGGAGCCGGCAUCCUCGAGUGCGAUGUGGCCUUCACCAAGGAUCGCCAGCUCGUCUGCCGCCACUCCCAGUGCGACCUGCACACCACCACCAACAUCCUCGCCGUCCCUGCGCUCGCUGCCAAAUGCACCCAGCCCUUCAAGCCAGCAGCCAACGGCAAGCCCGCCUCCGCCAAAUGCUGCACCAGCGACAUCUCCCUGGCCGAGUUCAAGUCUCUCUGCGGCAAGAUGGACGGCUUCAACCCCAAGGCCACCACGGCUGCAGAGUACAUGGAUGGUACUGCUCGUUUCCGCACCGAUCUGUACGCUUCCACUUGCGGAGAACUGUACUCGCACAAGGAAUACAUCAAGAUCGUCGACGGGUUCGGCCUCAAGUUCACGCCCGAGCUGAAGGCGCCCGAGGUGCCGAUGCCGUUUGAAGGAGAGUACUCGCAGGAACAGUACGCGCAGCAGAUGAUAGACGAGUACCGCGCCGCUCGCAUCGAUCCCAGCCGAGUCUUCCUCCAGUCCUUCUCCGUCCAGGACAUCUACUUCUGGAACAAGCACGAUGCAGACUAUGCUAAGCAGGCCAUGUAUCUGGAUUCUCGCCCAGAUACGCCUGCGGGUGCCCUGGCUGCCAUCGCCGGCAUGGCCCAGCUGAAGAAGAGCGGCGUCAACACUCUCUCUCCUGCCUUCCACGCCUUGCUUAAGCUCGAGGGCAACGAGAUUGUGGCGUCCGACUAUGCCGUUGCGGCCAAGAAGGCUGGUAUCAAGCUUACUACUUGGUCCCUUGAGCGUUCUGGACCACUGAACAAGGUCCUUGCCAACGGUGACUUUUACUACUCUUCCAUUGCCAGGGGAAUCAAGGACGACGGAGACAUCUAUCGUGUGGUCGAUGCCCUGGCCAGAAAGGUCGGUGUUGCUGGCAUCUUCUCUGACUGGCCCGCUACCGUCUCCUACUACGCCAACUGCUUCGACCUUGGUUUGCAAUAG